UGGCGGGCGCUGUGGAUGGAGGUCGGCGUUAGGGCUCCGGGCCGCGGGGCGGCGCUGUGGGGCCGGGGUGCUGUCGGGGAGCGGCGCCGUGGCGGUCGCGCCGGCCGCACCGGAAGUGGCGACGGGGCCUCGCGGAUGGCGGCGGCGGUGGCGGCAAUGACGGCGGCUGGCUUCGCAGGGGCUGGAGCGGCCCGCUCCCUCUCUCGCUUCAGAGGCUGCCUGGCUGGCGCGCUGCUCGGGGACUGCGUGGGCGCCAUGUACGAAGCGCACGACACCGUCAACCUGACGUCAGUCCUGCGUCACGUCCAGAGCCUGGAGCCGGACCCCGACUCGCCGGGGAGCGAGCGGACAGAAGUGCUGUACUACACAGACGACACAGCCAUGGCCAGGGCCCUGGUGCAGUCCCUGCUGUCCAAGGAGGCCUUCGACGAGGUGGACAUGGCUCACAGAUUUGCUCAGGAGUACAUGAAGGAACCCGACAGGGGUUACGGUGCUGGAGUAGUCACUGUAUUCAAGAAGCUUCUGAGCCCCAAGUGCCGUGACGUCUACGAGCCUGCCCGGGCCCAGUUCAACGGGAAAGGCUCCUAUGGCAAUGGGGGUGCCAUGCGGGUGGCUGGCAUCUCCCUAGCCUAUAGCAGCCUCCAGGAUGUGCAGAAGUUUGCCCGGCUCUCGGCCCAGCUGACACACGCCUCCUCCUUGGGUUACAACGGUGCCAUCCUGCAGGCCCUGGCCGUGCACCUGGCUUUGCAGGGGGAGUCAUCCAGUGAACACUUCCUCAAACAGCUCCUGGGCCACAUGGAAGAGCUGGAGAGUGAUGCCCAGUCCGUCUUGGAUGCCAGGGAGUUGGGCAUGGAGGAGCGUCCAUACUCCAGCCGACUGAAGAAGAUUGGAGACCUUCUAGAGCAGGAUUCAGUGACCAGAGAGGAGGUGGUGUCCAAGCUAGGAAAUGGCAUCGCCGCCUUUGAAUCUGUGCCCACCGCCAUCUACUGCUUCCUGCGCUGCAUGGAGCCCGACCCUGAGAUUCCAUCUACGUUCAAUAGCCUCCAAAGGACUCUCAUCUAUUCCAUCUCGCUUGGUGGGGACACAGACACCAUUGCCACCAUGGCUGGGGCCAUUGCUGGCGCCUACUAUGGGAUGGAACAGGUGCCAGAGAGCUGGCAGCAAAGCUGUGAGGGCUAUGAGGAGACAGACGUCCUGGCCCAGAGCCUGCACCGGGUCUUCCAGAAGAGUCUGUGAGGGCCACGGCUGCUGGGGCUCCACCGUGUCCAGCGGGACCAACUAUAGUGAGGGUUGGAAACCCUGAGCUUUCUUGGGCUUGGCUCCCCACCUGUCUUCCUGCAGCCGGGGCCGAGUGCAGCGCUGGAGCUGGGGUCUCUGGGGGAGGUCACUGGCACAGUGAGCAAGGGACUGGUGCCUCCCUGCUGCUGGCUUUCCAGCUUGCUGCGGAGCCUCGGGUCUUCCCAGCUCCUCAGACAUGAGGGACCAGGGCAGGGUUUUUUUGGAUGGUUACUUGUGGCAUUUUCCUGUAUUAUCUGGGAUGUGGGAUUGGGGAGGUGGAAAUGAUCUGCAGUAGCAUCAUUUCUCCUCGUUGGGAUUUAGCCAAUUUGCCAGAAAGCCGGUGUUUGACUAGGCAGGGCCCCCGCACAGCAGAUUUCUGUGGAUGGAGGAGACAGGUACUUGAAUCUAGCUAAUCUAGAUACACACCUGGCCCUUGGCUGUGAGGGGCUUCUUAAUGGCUUCCGUUGAAAGUCACAGCAAUAAACAGUUUUCGAUAAAAUCCCA